GAGCACCCUGUGGCGAAUUUCACUCACAACCACACACACACACACACACUGGUGAGUCUGACGAGGACAGACACACACUCUCUUUCUCACUCACACACACACACACACACACACACACACACACAUAAGCUGGAGCAUUAGGGCACGACACGGAUAUGCCGGUGAAUGUCGUCCUGAAUGGACCUGCCCCGUGGGGCUUCAGACUAGUCGGGGGGAAGGACUUCAACCAGCCCCUGAGCAUCUCCAGGAUUAACCCCGGCAGUAAGGCGGCCAUGGCUAGUCUGUGUCCUGGUGACGUCAUCGUAGCGAUUGGAGGCAUGCCUGCUGAGAACUUGAUGCACUGUGAGGCCCAGAACAGAAUCAAGGACUGUGGCCAUCAGCUGUGUCUCACUAUAGAGAGGCCUGAGAGCAGACUGUGGUCUCCAAAUGUAUCGGAGGGUGGGAAAGUCAACCCUUUUAAAAUCAACUUAGAAGCAGAGCCACAGGAGUAUCAACCAAUAGGAACAGGCCAUAACCGUCAGGCCCAGCCCUUUGUGGCUGCAGCCAACAUUGAUGACAAGCGUCAGCUGGUGAGCGCCUCCUACAACACCCCCAUCGGACUCUACUCUUCCGGAAACAUCCACGACGCCAUGCACGGGCAGAUGAGGGGUCUGGUCCAGGACAAACCUGUGAGCCCCAGAAUCCUGACCUCCAUAGAGGAGUCGGACGUGUACCGCAUGCUGCAGAGGGAGCAGGGCCUGGAUGAGCCGCAUGAACCCCGCCAGUCCGGCUCCUUCAAGGCCCUGCAGGACUUUGUCGACAGCGAUGGUACUCGCCCAAUGGUGACCAGGACCGUGAGGGCUCCCACCGCUAAACCUGCCGCUCCAGCUGGGAACCUGCAGAAACUGCCCGUGUGUGACAAGUGUGGCAAUGGGAUAGUGGGGACGGUGGUGAAGGCAAGAGACAAGUUCCGUCAUCCUGGCUGUUUUGUGUGCUCAGACUGUGACAUGAACUUGAAGCAGCAAGGCUAUUUCUUCGUGGAGGGUCAACUUUACUGUGAGAUCCACGCCCGUGCCCGAACAAGACCUCCAGAGGGUCACGAUCUCGUCACAGCUUACACUUAGGCAUAGGACACACACACAUACAUGUACUGCACACUGAGGUGUGAUCCACAACACACACUUUCACACUCUGGAAAUUAGGUACUGCUGGCCCAUAUUUGGUAAUGUGACGUUAACCUAAACAAAAUCUUGAAUGAGUAAAUACUUGUUGAUCAAAGGUACUAUGUGUAAGGCUUUUCAAUUGAAAUAUUUUAAAGGACCUGAACAAUAGCAAAACUUUUUGAACUCAAGUGAAUGGAAGAGUGUCGUCGGCACUCUCGAAUGCUGCAGUCUCACACAUAGCCCCUUCACCUGUCCACUUCACUUCACAUAGGGCCCAUAUACACAUGAGAUUUGUUUGAAUGUUAGUGCCACUUUACUGCUCUCAAAACAUGUUCAUGUGCCAUUGUAUAUCGGACCUGAAUAUUUUUGGUUUAUUUUAAACAUUUAUUUGUUUGUAUGCUGUGUUUUGCACAUGUUUUAUGGAAUGGG